CUGCAGCAACGUUGGCAGGAGCCCCUGGAGCAAGACCCCAGUCGCACCACAGGCUCCACUGACAGCCGUGAAGGAGGUGUUGAGGCUCCAGGUGAGGUGGGGCCCGGCUCCCCCAGCCGUCCACCAUGGUGGUGGCACACCCUGCUGCCACCGCCACCACCACACCUGCCACCACCGUCACGGCCACGGUUGUGAUGACUACGGCCACCAUGGACCUGCGGGACUGGCUGUUCCUCUGCUACGGGCUGAUCGCCUUCCUGACGGAGGUCAUCGACAGCACCACCUGUCCCUCCGUGUGCCGCUGUGACAAUGGCUUCAUCUACUGCAACGACCGGGGGCUCACCUCCAUCCCCGCGGACAUCCCCGACGACGCCACCACCCUGUACCUGCAGAACAACCAGAUCAACAACGCGGGCAUCCCCCAGGACCUCAAGACCAAGGCCAACGUGCAGGUCAUCUACCUGUACGAGAACGACCUGGACGAGUUCCCCAUCAACCUGCCCCGGUCCCUGCGCGAGCUGCACCUGCAGGACAACAACGUGCGCACCAUCGCCCGCGACUCCCUGGCCCGCAUCCCGCUGCUGGAGAAGCUGCACCUGGACGACAACUCCGUGUCCACCGUCAGCAUCGAGGAGGACGCGUUUGCCGACAGCAAACAGCUCAAGCUGCUCUUCCUGAGCCGGAACCACCUGAGCAGCAUCCCCUCGGGGCUGCCCCACACGCUGGAGGAGCUGCGGCUGGACGACAACCGCAUCUCCACCAUCCCGCUGCACGCCUUCAAGGGCCUCAACAGCCUGCGGCGCCUGGUGCUGGACGGCAACCUGCUGGCCAACCAGCGCAUCGCCGACGACACCUUCAGCCGCCUGCAGAACCUCACGGAGCUCUCGCUGGUGCGCAACUCCCUGGCCGCCCCGCCCCUCAACCUGCCCAGCGCCCACCUGCAGAAGCUCUACCUGCAGGACAACGCCAUCAGCCACAUCCCCUACAACACGCUGGCCAAGAUGCGCGAGCUGGAGCGGCUGGACCUGUCCAACAACAACCUCACCACGCUGCCCCGCGGCCUGUUCGACGACCUGGGGAACCUGGCGCAGCUGCUGCUCCGGAACAACCCCUGGUUCUGCGGCUGCAACCUCAUGUGGCUGCGGGACUGGGUGAAGGCGCGGGCCGCCGUGGUCAACGUGCGGGGCCUCAUGUGCCAGGGCCCCGAGAAGGUCCGCGGCAUGGCCAUCAAGGACAUCACCAGCGAGAUGGACGAGUGCUUUGAGACAGGGUCACAGAGUGGGGCGGCCAACGCAGCGGCCAAGACCACGGCCAGCAACCACGCCUCCGCCACCACGCCCCAGGGCUCGCUCUUCACCCUCAAGGCCAAGAGGCCUGGGCUGCGCCUCCCUGAUUCCAACAUCGACUACCCCAUGGCCACGGGUGACGGUGCCAAGACCCUGGUCAUCCAGGUGAAGCCCCUGACAGCUGACUCCAUCCGCAUCACGUGGAAGGCCACGCUCCCUGCCUCCUCCUUCCGGCUCAGCUGGCUACGCUUGGGCCACAGCCCGGCCGUAGGCUCCAUCACAGAGACCCUGGUGCAGGGGGACAAGACCGAGUACCUGCUGACAGCCCUGGAGCCUAAGUCCACCUAYAUCAUCUGCAUGGUCACCAUGGAGACCGGCAAUACCUACGCGGCCGAUGAGACACCGGUGUGUGCCAAGGCAGAGACGGCGGACAGCUAUGGCCCCACCACCACGCUCAACCAGGAGCAGAACGCCGGUCCCGUGGCAGGCYUGCCCCUGGCCGGCAUCAUCGGUGGGGCCGUGGCUCUCGUCUUCCUCUUCUUGGUCCUGGGGGCCAUCUGCUGGUACGUGCACCGGGCUGGUGAGCUGCUGACCCGGGACAGGGCCUACCACCGAGGCAGCCGCAAGAAGGACGACUAUAUGGAGUCGGGGACCAAGAAGGACAACUCCAUUCUGGAAAUCCGUGGCCCGGGGCUGCAAAUGCUGCCCAUCAACCCUUACCGCGCCAAAGAGGAGUACGUGGUCCACACCAUCUUCCCCUCCAACGGCAGCAGCCUCUGCAAGGGCACGCACACCAUCGGCUACGGCACCACGCGGGGCUACCGGGAAGGCGGCAUCCCCGACAUAGACUACUCCUACACCUGAGGCCGGCUCCCCCAGCCCCAGCCCAGCCCUGUCCCCAAGGCCGACCCUGGGUGGUGACAGGCUCCGCCCAGCCCGCUGCAACCCAAGAGAGCAAGGAAGAGAAGGUCCAUGACGACCGUCCAGCAGAAGGCCAAGUUUGGGGAGGGUCAUCGAUUUUGUAGAACACGACAGUGAAAAAAAAAAAAUUUUUUUUUUUUUCUCUAAACGAAUAGAAGGCAGGAGGGGAUUCCGCGUUGCUGGAGAGUGACUUACACCGCGUCGCGCCAGUUGGGGAAGGGAAGGCUAAAGAGAUAACUGCAGAAAGGGUUGGGCUGGGGAUUUUUUUUUUUUUCCUGAAGUGGGAAGAUACUACCUGUGCAACGUCUGUGGACACCUCGCGCUCUGUUCAGGGCCGUCACAAAAGAACCGUCAGGGAGAAGCAGCUGAUCCGAAGCCCGCAUGCAGCGAUUCUACUGCCAGCCCCUGGCUGGCCACGAUGUGAUGGAAGGAUUUCGGGACCCCCACAAAGGGGAAGGGAGAAGAAGAGAUCUUUCGCUACGGAGAUAUUGUCCUGAAACCUCUUCCCUGGUUCUUCCCAUGCCAUUUCCCUUACAGAUUUGCAGAAAUACGGCAUCUUCCACUGCGUUCUUGGAACAAUUAAUGUAG